GGGAACGUGUCUCCGAGGUUCAGCGGCAUUGCAACUCUCUCACGAAACUCGCACCACCAGCCGCAAGACGAGCGUUUGCUGUGUGUAUAAUUACCCCCACACAUGCACCACCGGUCACCACGAGUAUAUACAACUAGUAUAGUAUCUAUACCACGCGCCACGCGCAGCGUUAACGGAUCACGCGUAACGACUCGCGCGUGUUUUAUGCUGACGUCUGCAUAAAAUACCACAUGGCAGCGGACUUGCAAAAGUGGAGACGAUCUCUGCCCAUCUUCCCAGCAAGAGGGAAGCUGCUGAAGGAGAUCAAAGCUCGGCCGAGCUGUGUGGUGGUUGGUGAGACUGGAAGCGGAAAAACAACGCAAAUCCCUCAGUAUCUGCUGGAGAGUGGAGUGGGGACGAGUGGAGUGGUGGCUGUCACGCAGCCUCGCAGGGUAGCUGCAGUAAGUGUAGCCAAGAGGGUGGCUGAAGAGCGAGGCUGCCAGCUGGGAUCAGAAGUCGGGUAUGCAGUCAGGUUUGAUGAAUGCUACUCAUCAGAGACAAGACUCAAAUACAUGACAGAUGGGAUGUUGUUGAGAGAGGCGAUGUCAGAUCCAACUCUCUCUAGGUACAGUACAGUGAUAUUGGACGAGGCACAUGAGAGAACGGUACACACUGACCUACUGUUUGGUGUGGUGAAGGCAGCACAGGGGAAGAGGAGAGGGGACCUGAGGGUGGUGGUAAUGUCUGCCACUCUAGCAGCAGAAGAAUUCUCUCUGUAUUUCAACCAGGCCAAGGUCCUCUAUGUCCAAGGCAGGCAGUUCCCAGUAGAGGUGCUGUAUGCGGCAGAGCCCCAGCAAGACUACCUGCACUCUGCUGUGGUGUCUAUUCUGCAACUACACUGCAGCAUGGGCCCAGGAGACAUCCUGGUGUUCCUGACUGGCAGAGAGGAAAUUGAGAGUGUGCAGGGUGUCCUGAGGGAGUGUCAGUCAAUGUUCCCCUCCAACUGGCAAGGUAUACACGUUCAGCCUCUGUACGCAGCUCUACCUUCACAUCAUCAGCAACAAGUUUUCAAACCUGCACCCCAGGGAUGCCGUAAGGUGAUAUUGUCCACUAACAUUGCAGAGACCUCAGUCACCAUUCCUGGAGUGAGGUGUGUGGUGGACCCUGGACUGGUGAAGGCUAGAGGCUACAGUCCUGUGGUUGGACUGGACAUUCUCAGUGUACAGCCCAUCUCGCAGGCGCAGGCAAGACAGAGAGCUGGAAGAGCAGGCAGAGAGGCCCCAGGCUCCUGCUAUAGACUCUACACUGAACACACAUUCUCACAACUGAGGGAAAACUCUGAACCAGAAAUCCUCCGCUGCACUCUGACGUCUGUCGUGCUGGAGCUGCUGGCAAUGGGAAUGAGUGAUCUAUUGACUUUUGACUUCAUGACGGCCCCAAGCGAAGAAGGUCUGGUGUCAGCUUUAGAGCAGCUGUGUCUAUUGGGGGCAGUGGAGGGAAGAGAAGGAAAAGAGGGAGUAAGGCUGACAGCCCUGGGUGGAAAAAUGGCUACCUUCCCUCUGGAGCCAGGGCUGUCACGAGCAAUCCUCCAGUCCUCUGUGAGUGUGUGUGUCUCUGACUAUGUGUGUAGUUGUGACUGUUGCUGCAGGAGAGAGGCUGCAGCGAAGAAGUGGUGUGUGUGGCAGCUCUGCUCUCUGUGGACUCUGUCUUCCUCACUCCUCCCUCCCUCAGAGACAAGAUGGCUGCUGCCCACCCGCAGGUUCCACUCCCCUCAUGGAGAUCACCUGACUCUACUGGCCGUGUACCAUGCCUACACAGCUGCCUCUGGGAAGAAGGCUUGGUGCAGGGAAAACUUCAUCCAUCAGCGAAACCUGCGAGCUGCAUUGGAUGUUCAACCACAGUUGGUAGAGCUGAGCAGUAGGGUGGGUGUGGCUCUGGUCUCCAAUAGCGACAGUCGCACAGUACGGAGGGCUCUCCUGGAUGGCCUGCACUGUCAGACUGCAGAGCAUGUCGGAGGGGGAAGAUAUCGGACACUGAGCUCAAGACAAGAGGUGUUCAUUCAUCCCUCCUCCUGUCUUUUCCACGUCAGACCACACCCACCCUGUGUCAUGUACUCCCAAUUAGUGCACACCUCCAAGUGCUACAUGAGGAACGUGUCUGUGAUUGAAGCUGACUGGUUGGCAAGCUAACAAAUGGAUCUCAUAAUUUUUAUGUACGAUUGUCUCUCCACAAAUCCGUGAGAUCAUAAAAUUGAUGUUUGUCGUUUUCAUUGGCACCCAUCAUCUGCAUUACAUUAAAAUUUCAUGAUUUGUUGUAAAAAAAGAUAAGAGUCAGUGGUGACUAGAAAGAGAGAGAGUCAGAAGGCCGAGAUAUCUAGAGGUCUCGAAUACUGCCAGACCAGCUCCAGCACCCACCAACACAUCCAGCAGGUGAUGUCUGCCACCCACUACACGAGAGAGACACACCAGGACUGCCCAGCCAGCCCAGACCAGCGGUGGGAGGAAUCUGCUGAGGGUGAAGUAGAUAGCUAGUGCUACAGCUCGAGAGGCGUGGCCUGAUGGGAACGCAUAUUUAUCAACGGAGGAAACGCUGAGAGCAAUAGUUCCAGAGUUUGUAGGAGGUCUGGAUCUUUUGAAAUACAGCUUCAGUGGAGCUACAGCCACAAUGUCGACUCCCAACAACACCAACACGUUCCAAGCAAGGCUGAGAUGGCUUGGGUCUGAGGUGAGGAGGUAGAGGAGGAAGAGAAGGCCACAGAUGGCAAACCAGAGGACUCCGUGGCCAGACCACUCCAGCAUGGCGCUGACGGUAGCAGAAGAGAUCGACGAGCUGAAGAGGAAGAUAACUCUGUUGGGUAAGAAGCUGAGAGUCUAGUUGUGUAAGUCUAUUGCUAUGUGUGCGUGUGGUAAGAUGGGGACAAGAAGGCCUACAAGGAGAGCUCUCAGUGGGCCAUACGACAGAACAAAGAUGUCAUCUCCCAGCUUAGGGAAGAAAACAAGACGUUGAGAGCCAAGCUAUCCAAGAAAAUGAUGGCUGACGAUGAUGUCAUAUCAGAAGUUUUUCAAAACCAGAACUUGGAGCCCCCAGCAGAACUGAGGGGAGUCCCUGGAGAGGUGGCCGUGCGUAAGUUUGACCAGACGGUGUGUGAGAUUUUGAAGAAGAGGAACAAACUGCAGCAUGCUCGCUGCUCCCGCGAGCAGAUGCUAGCCCAGCUGACCAGCCAGGUGGAGGCAAUGCAGGAGGAGAGGACAGCCACUGAGACAGUUCCUGCUGGAGAUUCUGAGGCUGCCUCUCAACUGAGACAGCUGGAGAACAGACUGGACAAGAUGGUCGUAAAAUGUAGCGAGGCCAGUCACAUUCGCAAGACCUACGAAAUGAUCCUCCAGAAACUUGAGGAGGAGUGUCUUGGGUUUGACAAUGCCAUAGCAACUCUGGAAAAGGGUAUCACUAGUCGCAAGGUCCAGUUGGCAGAGCUGGAGAGCAUGUGUAACGAUGCUCAACUGGCACGGGACAUGGCAAAGAUGGAGCUGGGCAGGCAGGAACAGAGCAUGGCAGAGUCUCGCAGACAGAGAGACAAAGUCCUGGCAGAGUACCGCAGACAGGCGGAGGAGAAGAAGGAGUUCAAAGAGAAAGUGGAAAGAAGGCUCAGAAAGACAUCUACCCACCACUCAGCUGGCCAGAUGGACAGCUCCCAGGGAGCCAGUCUCCAGGAGGAGCAGGAGCAGAAAAUCUCAUCCUACGAGGAGGCUCUGGCAAAGAUCAAGGACACCACAGGAGUCAGCGACAUCCUGGAAGUAGUGGCUCGUUUCCUGAACCAGGGAGACACCAGGGCUCACCUGGAGCAGCUGCAGGUGGAACACAGUCAGACACUGGCUCGUCUGCGGGAAGAGAAGGAGAGACUGCAUGCCCAAUUUGAGGAGAUGAAGUACUCUGGGGAGGCUAAGAUGUCUUCGUGAGUGGCGGUGGUUUCUCUUCUUUCUGACCUAGUUGUAACACCUUAUCCCUGCAGGGGACAGAGGAUGCUGGAAGAGUUUGGUACUCACUUGGACGAGGCUAAAAAGAAGUGUGAAGAGAGCAAAGUGCGGGCUGAGCAAAGCUCUAAACUGUUGGUGCAAAUCAAGAACGGAGUCCAACACCUGGCAGAGAAACUACAGCAUAUCAAGAUGCCCCAGAGCCAUGUGUUGAGACCAAAGGUGGCUGAGGGAUCAGAGGAGCAGGUACUCCAGCAGCUGGCAGACAGCGAGCAGCGACUGGUGAGUCUGACAGAGGAAAUGGCUUCCAGAGACCUGGACUCUCUCCACAGAGAGAUGGACGACGAGGAGUUCAGACACACCGUGGAGUGUGGGGUGCCUGGGAACGUCAAAGUGGAGUUACCAAAGACAGGGGAAGAGACUUCCUUCUAUGAUGAGGAGAGUGGGAGCGAUGAGGAAUUCCUGGACAGAGAGGUGAUGAAGCGAGCCACCACUGCUCUGGUAGAGGCCAAAACAAAGAAGAAGGGAGCAGACGAUGACGAAGAUGAGGGAACGACUAAGAAGAGGAAGAGACGGUAGCUGCAACAACUCUUAGCUGCAUACCCACUAACUGAACUCCUCGCAUCACUUUAUCACCAUGUUCUAUGUUUUACCAAACAUUUUUGGCUUAGGGAGUAGAUCAUGAAGGGAGAAUAUCAUUAUUGUGGAGAACACACAAUAAUGCUGGCCAACAGCAAUG